CAGCAGCUGUGGCAGCAGCUUCUAGCAUUUUAUUAUUUAGUGACAAUCGCGAUCUGACGGAACUCUGUUGCACAACAUGGCUCGCUGCUGGAUUUUGGCCUGUACCUGCUUCUUGGGGAUUCUUAUCAAUUGCCAUGCUGGAAAACUGUUCCAGGAGUCGCGAAUCAUCAACGGCAGCAUCGCCAAAGCAAAUGAGUCACGCCACUUAGUAUCCAUACGUUUGCGUAAGCAUGACAACAACUUCGGCAGUGGCCACAUAUGCGGUGGUGCAUUAAUCUCGGUCUAUAAGGUCCUAACAGCAGCCCACUGCCUGUACAACAAUCAAAAAAAGCGCUAUCGCCAGCCAAGUGAAUUUGUCGUGGUCAUGGGGACCUUAAAUCGCUUUGAGAGACAAAAUGGCACAAUUGUGGCCCAGGUGAGCUCUAUGGCUUAUAUGAGCACCUUUAGUCCGGACACCAUGCGCGACGAUGUGGGCAUAUUGUUUUUGAGCUCCAGGGUGCUACAGGCCCAAUUUGCAACUCCCAUCCAACUGACAAGGGAGGUUACACCGCCGGGCAGAGUGUGCCAAAUAGCCGGAUGGGGGCGAACAGAGCAGAGCUCUUUGUCGAACAUUUUGCUAACUGUCAACGUGACCACUAUCCGCUACCACACAUGCCGGACGAUUUACAAGUCUGGAUUACUGCCUGGCAUGAUGUGCGCCGGACUCCUUCAGGGCGGCACGGAUUCUUGUCAAGGUGACUCAGGAGGUCCUUUGGUUCAUGACGGACGCGUUGUUGGUGUGGUUUCUUGGGGCUAUGGAUGUGCGGAACCGGGGCUUCCUGGAGUGUAUGUGGAUAUCCAGUAUUACCGUCAAUGGAUUGAAGAGCGAAGUGGGACCAACAGCAACAAGAUUACGUCUGAUAUUAUCAUAGUUACCCUGUAUUGGAAUUGGAUAAUUUUCGUUCCUUUUUUUUUCCUUGCCAACUAAACAUAACAAAUUUUUCAUUUAUAUAUCGGCAGGGCCCUAUUCCAGGGGCAUAGAAUAUUUCUCUGCCCGAGCUCUGCCGCACAUACAGUAUAAAUUUCUGAUAUUCGUUGCUAAUACUUAUGCUUUGAAAUACACAGCUUAAUUUCUGA